AGGUUCCUGGUUCUCCUUCCUCACCUGAGUGUGGAAAAGCCGAUCAGUGGAAGCGAGAGGGGGAAAUGAGCAUCACAUCGACGGCAGCGUACCUUGCUCGGCGAGCUGCGCAGAAGGAGAGGGUUCGGAUCCUCUACCGCCGCGCCCUUAAAGACACCCUCACCUGGGCUGUCCAUCGCCACCUCUUUUACGACGACGCUAAUAACCUCCGAGAAAGGUUCGAAGCAAAUAAACAUGUGGAAGACCUUGAUACUAUCGAUAGACUGAUAGAAGAUGCUGAGGCAACCUACAAUAAGUGGCGGCACCCUGACCCUUAUAUUGUUCCUUGGGCUCCUGGCGGUUCAAAGUUUACUCGUAACCCAACUCCACCUGAAGGGAUUGAGAUAAUAUAUGAUUAUGGUCGUGAAGACAAUAACUGAAACUGUCAUUUUCUGUGCAAUGAAUAAAGAUAAAAAUUAUCCAGACUUGCGAGAAGGGAGAACGCCAUGGCAGGCUUUGUUUGUUACUUGGAGCAUAAUUGCUAUGUCGUUGUCAUUUCAUCAUUGUUACAAUGGCUUGUUAUGUUGCUGGAUUUGGAUUAAUCCCUGAAUUUGACGGCAAGUUAUGUGCAUACAAUUUUCUUUUUCAUCUUA